AUGGUAAUUUCUUAUACUUUAUAUUUUAGGAUGGAAUUGUUUAAAUAGUAACUGUAAUUUUUAUAUUUGUUAUGGGUGUAAUUAUUUAGGGUAAUAUGAUACUUCUUCACCUCAUUGGGUUGUUGUUAGCAGAAUAUUUUUAAAUCUAUAGGAUCAUUCUCAUAUCAAAGUGGAAUUACAGGUGUUCUAGUAAGAUAAUAUGAAUUUCAAUAGGUUUUUAGGUUAUUUUUAUGAUCUUGUUCUUAGCAUAGACCAUAAUUAGAGAAAUGAUCUUUCUGUUACCUCUUAAAGCCACACAUGUGGAAGAAUAUUAACUAUAUCUGGAACUAUUCAACAUAGAAGAUCAACUCUUUGGACUUUGAUCAAUACCUAUUAUGUAGGAGGAAUUGUAUCAUUCUCAUUAAGUAUCAUUGAAUGUUAGUAUGAUUGCGCUGGGUGCAUAGAGAAUUAGCAAAUAUUUUGCUUAAAAUGGUUAUUUCAUUCAUAUUCAUUAAAUUAGAAAUAUAUCACAAUCUCAGAUGGAUGGACUUUUUCAUCAAAUUAUUUUUAAGACUUUUAUUGUGGAGGUUGCUAAUACUUGCAAUUUUAGCAAAUUAAAUAUUAGACUUGGCUACCUCUUCAUUAAGAUGUAUUGAUAAGUUUUUUUAUAUAUGAUCCAAUUACAAUAAUUGUAGAUUAUUCAUGUGGUAAAAAAACCUUAAGUACUUCUGGUGAUUAAUAAAUAGAAGUACUAAUAGAAAACCAUUGUGAUCCUAUAUUAUCACUGAAAAUUACAACUCUACCAACCUCUAAUUAUUGUUUUCUAAGAGAUUUUGAGGUAUUUUAUACUUAACCAGAAAAACAGAUAGUUAACAAAUUGAAUGAAGGAUGUUUAGAGUCUAUUGAUGACAAAUGCCUGAUUUGUUAAGAAGGCUGGAUUGAAGAUAAGUUUCUUGAAAAUUGCCAUCCAGUUUGUGGUGAUGGAAUGAUUUAAGAUUAAUAUUGUCAUAUAAGUGUAUCUUAAACUUAAGCAGAAAUAGUAGUAAGCAAAUUGAAUGAAGGUUGUUAAAUGUAAAUUGAUAAUUUGUGCUUGAACUGCAAAGAAGGUUGGAUUAAAGAUGAUUUUCUUGACAAUUGUCAUCCAUUUUGUGGUGAUGGAAUUAUACAAGGUUAAGAAGAAUGUGAUGAUGCUAAUCUAAUAUCUAAUGAUUCUUGUUAUUAAUGCAAAUAUUCUUGCAUAAAUUUUUGCAAAACCUGUGUAUUUCGAAUAUGUUUUGAAUGUGUUUUUGGAUUUGAUCUUAAUGCUGAUUUUAAUUGUGUGUCUUUGUGUGGGGAUGGUAAUGUAGUUCCUUAUUCGGCUGAAUAAUGUGAUCUCACAGAUAAUGGAGAAUGGGAUCAUUGUUAGGAUUGCAGAUUUAUAUUAAUAGCUAAUUGCAAACGUUAAUUACUAUCAAUGUGCUUGGUGUGUGAACUAGGAUAUUAACUCUUAGAAAAUGCAUGCUUCCCUCAUUGUGGAGAUAAAUACGUUCUCAAAUAUUAUGAGGAAUGUGAUGAUGGAAAUUUACAACCUUAUGAUGGUUGUUUUGAAUGUAAAUUUCAAUGUGCUGAAGAUUGCAACAUAUGCCAUCUAGGGGAAUGCAUUUUAAAAUGUGGAUAUGGGUACAAGUUUGUUAAUAAUAAGUGCCUUUCAAUUUGUGGUGAUCAAAUUGUCACAAUUGAAGAGGAUUGUGAUGAUGGCAAUACUGUAUAAUUUGAUGGUUGCUUCAACUGCAAGUAUUCUUAUUCAUGUCCAGAAAAUUGCAAACUAUGCUAUCAAGGUACUUGUUUAGAGUGCAAUGAUCAAUAUUAAUUAUUAAAUUCAAAUUAAUGCAUUUUAUAAUUAAAUUGUGGAGAUGGUUUGGUUUAGAAAUAAGAAUAAUGCGAUGACGGAAAUGAUUAAGUAGUAGAUGGAUGUAAGGAUUGCUUGAUUGAAUAAAAUUGGAUAUGCAACGCGAUGACAAGAAAUUCUCUAAGCGAAUGCACAUUUGUUAAAGCUCCAAAAUUAUAAAUUACUUACCUCAACAUGACUUCAAAUAAAUAAUACCUAAGCAUUUAAUUUAAUUAAUAAGUAAAAAUAUACACUACUUAACCAUUAUCAGAAACAAUAAUUUUUACAAUAUCAAAGGUAGACAAGAAAAAUUGGAAUAGCAGCUUAUAUAUCAUUCAGGAUGUGGGAUCAUAUGUGAGUUUUGGAGAAUAUAUUAUCGAAAUAAGUGUAUAUCAAUUACUUGAAUUUAAACCCAUCUUAACAAUUUUAGUAAAUCAGACAGUUGCUAAUGCUAGAAGGAAAUAUAUAAUAUAAUUCAUCUAAAUCUAAGAAUAAAAAAUAAUUCAGUUUAUUUCAACCAUAAUAUAGAUAAUGUUGCUUUGGAGGACUUUACAAAAUCAAUAACUUUACAAUAUCCAUNGGAUAUGCAACUAGUUGACAAGAAAUUCUCCAAGCGCAUGCACUUUUGUUAAACCUCCAAAAUUAGAAAUUUCAUAUCUCAACAUGACUUCGAAUAAAUAAUACCUAAGCAUCAAAUUUAAUCAAUAAGUAAAAAUAUACACAACUUAACCUUUAUCAGAAACAAUAAUUUUUACAUUACCAAACGUAGACAAGAAGAAUUGGAAUAGCAGCUUAUAUAUCAUACAGGAUGUUGGAUCAUAUGUAAGUUUUGGAGAAUAUAACAUCGAAAUAAUUGUUUAUCAAUUACUUGAAUUUAAACCCAUCUUAACAAUUUUAGUUAAUCAGACAGUUGCUAAUAUAGAUAAUGUUGUUUUGGAAGACUUUACAAAAUCAAUAACUUUAUAAUAUCCAAAAUAUCUUGAUGAAACUUAGAAGGAUUAUUCUCAUAAGUUGAAGAAUUUAAAUAUUUAUUUAAUCUAUGGUUUGUCUGGGAUUAUCUGUGUAAAUCUACUCACAGGAAAUGGGGAUUUAUUUAUCGAAAUUUUGGCAAUCCUUUAAUUUCAGCAAUAUUUGAGGUACAUUAAUCUGUAAUUUCCAGAAAAUUUAGAGAUUUAUUUUUCUAUUAAUCAUUUGAUAACAAUCCAACCUCUAUUAGAAUUUAUAGACUUUUUAUCAAUAUUUUAGUUCAUUGAUCUUUAGUAUAAUUAAGAAUCAUAUUCAGAGGGAAAAUUUAAUGUUUACAAAUAGAACCCAAGUUUGAUCAUAAAUCUUUCCUGCCAAAUAUUAUAAUGCUUGAUAUUUUUAUUCAUUAUUAUGUUGUACCAAUUAAUAAAGAAAAUUAUGUACAAAUGGAUAUUUUGUUCUAGAAACUUUUACUAUGCCUCGACUUUAUCCUUAUACAUAAAACCAAAAUUCAUUUUAAGGUGUGAGGAAUCCUUUUAUAAAAUUUGCCUAGAUAUACUUAAUUUGAAAAAGUUGAUGUCUUUUUAAGGUUUAUAAAAAGCCUUAAUUCUGAAUGGUUGGGAUAUGAUAUUUAAAACUCAAUUGUACAUGCGAAACAUUUAAACGAAUAGUUACUUGGAUAUUGUAUAACUUUUUAUAGCAAGCAUAAUUCUUAUUCUUUAUUUUACCAUAUUAUUAGAUGGUUUCAAAUCUAAAUAAAAAUUAUAAAAGAUGAAAAGGUUUGAAAUUUUAUGUUUUGGAAGAUAAUUUUUCUUUUUAAUCUUCUUGAUUAAUAUUUAAAGAUCCCAAAUAUUAUAAUUAGGAUUACUCCUAUUAACAAGUAUCUUUUAGAUUAGCUUGUUAUUUAUCUAUAGGCAUAUAUAAAAUAAAAAUAAAUAAAUUGUCUAGUUGGUAGUAGAGAUAUCAGUACUGAGUUUUAUGCUCAGUUCAUUCUUAUACAUCAAAGAUUGUGAUGAAUAUUUUAAUGAGCACAAAAAAAUUAUUUUAGGAUGGAUUCAUAUAGUCAUUCUAUCUUCGGGUCUAAUUUUAGAAGUAAUUUUUAUUAUCACAGAUUUAUAUAUAAAUUGGAAAAAAAUAUACAAAAGAACGAAACCAUAAUGUGCGAGAAAUCCAUUAUUUAUAUGA